AUGCAAAUAGAACGGCCAAGAGCUAAAAUCAUGAGCAGCAGGGUGGAUGAGUCGGAGCUAAGGAAGGUCUUCCAGAUGUUCGACAAGAACGGUGACGGCCAGAUCACCAAGAAGGAGCUAGGUGAGUUGCUCAAGAACCUAGGGAUCUACAUCGCGGACGACGAGAUGGACGCAACCAUGGCCAAGAUUGAUACCAACGGUGAUGGCUGCAUCGACGUCGAGGAGUUCGGCCUACUAUAUCGCUCCAUCCUCGAUGAAGGCGAUGGGCCUAACGGUGGCAACAUGGGCGAUGAGGAGGAGGAGAUGAGGGAGGCGUUCAGUGUCUUCGACCAGAACGGUGACGGCUACAUCACCAUUGAAGAGCUGCGGUCCGUGCUGGCAAGCCUCGGCCUCAAGCAGGGUCGCACCGUUGAGGAAUGCCGCCAAAUGAUCAACAAGGUCGACGCCAAUGGCGACGGCCGCGUCGACUUCAAGGAGUUCAGCCAGAUGAUGCGCGGUGGCGCGGCCAAUCGUGAGGAUUGA